CUGCCACCACUAGGUCAGCUGUAGGCGGCUUUUUUCAGGCGGAGUCGAACCCGCAGACAUUCCCCAAAGCUAUGCCCAUGCACCACUAGAAGAUGGAUUCCAAAUUCUUCAAACUGCUCCUCCUGGGCGGCGCCGUGCGCUUUUACUUCUGCCGCACACCGCUGGCCCCGAUGAUUGGCAAUCGGGUGGAGUUCGCGACGCCUUUGAAUUCACACAAGCGCAUGCAAGAGGGGAUAUUCCUGCUCCAGAGCGGCAUCGAUCCCUACCUGGGCGACCUGGUCCACGAGUCGCCUCUGAUCCUCAGUGCUCUCUCCGGCUUGUUUAAAAACUACCCGCAGUUCUUGGCCAUGUUCUACAUUAUCCUGGAUGUCCUCACCGCUGCCCUGCUUUAUGCCAUGAGCCACCGCUUCGUGCAGCAAAAGCAGGAUCAGCAGAAGGUGGAGCGAAAGGAGUACGCGAAGGACACGGCGGAACUGCAGUUCAACGGCUUGGACAAGUUGGACAUUCCGGAAUUGGUGAUCGUGGCGUAUCUCUUCAAUCCGCUGACCGUGAUGAACUGCAUCGGCAUGACCUCGACGGUGUUAAGCAAUCUGUUCCUGGCCUUCUUCUUCUACUGCCUUGUAAAAAGACUGCUUCUUCCGAGCCUUCUGGUUCUGGCCUUUGAGACCGUCCGCAGCUUCUAUCCCAUCGUGCUAAUAGCUCCUCUACUCCUGAUUUUCUCACGAAACUCCAUUAGAAGGGGCGUGGUCAUAUCGCUGCUCUUUGCAGUCUGUUGCCUGGGCGUGGUGGUGGCCAACUAUUUUGUGCUCAACAGCUGGAACUUCUUGGAUGGCACUCUGGGAUUCAUAUUUUACUUCCGCGAUCUGCAGCCGAAUAUCGGACUGUUCUGGUACUUUUUCACCGAAAUGUUCGAGCACUUCCGUACCAUGUUCCUGAUCACAUUCCAACUAAAUGCCACUGUGUUAUACCUGGUACCACUAACCAUCAAACUGCGCAAGGAGCCUCUUCUGCUGGCCACCGUCCUGGUGGCUCUCAUGGCUGUUUUCCGAGCAUAUCCCAGCCUGGGCGAUGUGGGCUUCUACUUGGCUUUGCUUCCUUUGUGGAAAAGAUGCUGGAAAUUCAUGUCUCACGGCUUUGUCGUCUUCACGUUCUUCCUGGUCACCCUGUCCAUGAUGGGCGCCCUUUGGCAUUUGUGGAUCUAUGCAGGCUCGGCAAAUGCCAAUUUCUAUUUUGGCGCCACACUGGCGUUCUCCACCGGCCAGAUAUUCCUCAUUACCGAUCUGCUGUUUGCUCACGUUAAACGGGAGUUCUGCCUAUUCAAUGGCCAGAAGAUUUUGAUCGAUGGCGAGGAGGCGAGGAUAGUGCUGAAGUAAGCAGAAACAGUAUCAAAUCGAUAAGAAAUAGAAUGCAGGAACUUUGUACAGAUGCAGAGGCAUACUCUUAAGAUAAGUGAACUCCAAACAAUAUCAGAUUAAAACAAAACAUUUUAUUUGA